UAGAGAUAGACAGACGCUAAAAUUGUUCAAAAUGACCUGAAAAGUAUUUUUCGAGAAGAAAUUUUGAAAUCCUUGAACAAUCAUUUUUUUCAAACCAAAAAGUUAUUGAUCACAAUGCUUCCACUACCUUCUGUAGACUCGGAAGAAGUGUUUUAUAAUUUCGCUACCGAAAGUUGGAAAAAAAUUAACGAAAGCGGAUCAAUAUGUAUUUUUUCUGAUUUAAACUCAGAUGGCUUUUGUGUCAUACUCAACAGCUUUCAAAAAAUGAGUGUUGAAGAAAAUGUGAAAAAAUCGAAUUUCUCCCUAAAAAGAUCAGUUUCUUCCAUUGGAUUUGGCAAUUCAAUUCAGCAUAACACAAAUCUGAGAGGAACAAAAUCGUUCACCGGUAUUAUGGCAUUAAGGAUCAGCUCGCAAGAAACAAAAGGAACACAGAUGAAUGACGAUAAUAAUGCAAAUAACAAUGCCGGUUACUGCGGUGAACAAGAACCCUCUGAAGACAAAGUAAUUGAAACAGUUGACCUCAUAACCAAUGAAGUGAUAAGUUUUAAAGAGAACAUUUUGAGUUAUCAAGGUAGAACAUACCUUCUUGGGGAUAUAUCCUACAAGUGGAAAAAAGACUGCAGAAUGUGGUUAUGGAAAAACAGACCUAGCAUGAAACAAGAAAUAGGAGAUUUACGCAAUAACCAAAGUAUCAACAUUACAACACUGGCGUAAUGCUCAUUUUUUUCAUUACUUUUAUUUAUUUUUAUCCACGUCCUGUUUACAGAAUAAAUUUUAUCAAUAUAAGUGUAGCAAUCUGUGAAUAGAUAUAUUUUCUUGUAAAUUAGAUAACAAUGUGAGUGAUCAUGAACGUAUUUGCUUGUUUUAUAAGCCAAUAAAAUAGCAAAACCCAAA